ACACCUCGACAGAUGGCAGUGUGCUUCGCCUGAGCAAGCUUGCGUGAUUGUCAGACCGACAGCAACCUCGUGCUCAUCCUGUGUCUAGAGUAUUUUUACCUGUGCAAAAAUGUUUGGUCCUCCUGGUGCGGCUCCCGUUCUUGUUCUUAGCCAGAACACAAAGCGAGACUCCGGUCGGAAAGUGCAGCUGGAGAACGUACAGGCCGGCAAAGCUAUUGCGGAUGUUAUUCGAACAUGUCUUGGCCCGCAAGCUAUGCUGAAGAUGUUGAUGGACCCUAUGGGUGGUAUUGUUAUGACCAACGAUGGAAAUGCUAUUCUCCGAGAAAUUACAGUGCAGCACCCGGCUGGCAAGUCGAUGAUUGAAAUUGCUAGGACUCAAGAUGAAGAGGUUGGAGAUGGUACCACUUCAGUCAUUGUUUUGGCUGGAGAAAUGCUGGCAGUUUCUGAGCAGUUCCUGGAGCAGCAAAUGCAUCCAACCGUUAUCAUCCGCGCCUACAGACAGGCACUUGAAGACAUGGUGACUAUUCUCAACGAGCAAGUCAGCAUCAAGCUAGACACGAAUGACCGCGCUAAGCUCUUGCAAGUUGUUAAUUCGUGUGUCGGCACCAAAUUCAUCAGCCGGUGGUCUGACUUGGCUUGCGGCAUUGCUUUGGAUGCUGUCAACACUGUAGCUUUGGAUGACAACGGCCGGAAAGAAAUUGAUAUCAAACGUUACGCUAAAGUCGAGAAGAUUCCUGGCGGGAGCAUUGCUGAUUCCUGCGUUCUGUCCGGAGUCAUGGUCAAUAAGGAUGUGACCCACCCCAAAAUGAAGAGGAGGAUUGAAAAACCACGAAUUAUGCUCCUUGAUUGCAAUUUGGAAUACAAGAAGGGCGAGAGCCAGACCAGCCUUGAAAUGUCGAAGGAGGAAGACUUCAGCAGAAUCUUGGAGCUUGAGGAGGAGUUCGUACAGAAGAUGUGCUGUGAGAUCAUUGAGCUGAAGCCCGACGUGAUCUUCACUGAGAAGGGAAUUUCCGACCUGGCGCAGCACUAUCUAAUGAAGGCUGGAAUUUCCGCGAUUCGCCGCGUGCGCAAGUCUGACAACAACAGAAUCGCCAGGGCUUGUGGAGCAACCAUUGUGAACAGAACAGAUGAGCUCAGGGAAGAAGAUAUUGGCACAAAAGCUGGACUUUUUGAAAUUAAAAAGAUUGGCGAUGAGUACUUCUGCUUGGUCACUGAGUGCCAGGAUCCUAAGGCCUGCACCAUCCUUCUGCGAGGCGCGAGCAAGGACGUGCUCAACGAAGCUGAACGCAACCUCCAAGAUGCACUCCACGUCGCCCGCAACAUCAUGCUUGAUCCCAAGCUGGUGCCAGGCGGCGGUGCGGUUGAAAUGGCCGUUUCCAAGGCACUUAUGGAGAAGGCUAAGCUUCUCGAGGGCGUUGCGCAGUAUCCAUAUCGCGCAGUGGCGCAAGCCCUUGAAGUCAUUCCAAGAACACUGUCUCAAAACUGUGGUGCCAACACAAUCAGGACCAUGACAGCGCUGAGAGCCAAACACGCUACUGGCGAAGGCACUUCUUGGGGAAUCAACGGAGAAUCUGGUCAGUUGGUUGAUAUGAAGGAGCUUGGAAUCUGGGAGCCUCUCACUGUGAAGUUGCAGACGUACAAGACUGCUGUGGAGACUGCAAUCCUGCUGCUUCGUAUUGACGACAUUGUUUCUGGCUCGAAAAAGAGGGGCGAUGCUGAGUCGAGAGCAGCUGCUCCUCCCAGUGAGGAAGCAAUGAGAGAAUAAUCAACUCCUGCAAGCCUUAAUCGGCGGCAAUUUGUCGCUUUGAAACUAAUAUUUUGUUGGAUCAAGCGAGACAGCUAUCCUUGUAAUAAAUAUUAAUUGAUGCACUUUCUUUUUUUACACGUUGAUUCUCAAUUUCCGCUGUCGUUCACGUAAUUUAUGUUGCUUGCAAUUGUAACAGUAAUAACUUUUUUGCAUCUCACAAGUAAUUAAUAUUUUGAGCUGUAAUAAAUAAAAAAGGUGAAUUUCACUGAGAAA